GGCUGCUUGUACUUUUAACUUUUCUAUCAUAAGCACGUCAUUAAGCGGUUCAUUUCCUUAUUUACUUUGUGACCUCCGCUUACAGAUGCCCGUGGUUGCGUCCAAUGGCUUUUGUAAAGAAGAAGCUGGGAACCGAGGAAAGAUUUUCUCUAUUGCUUCUUGACCUUGAGGAAUUUUACUUUGAGCAGCAUUCAGCCUACCAAGUCAUCAAAAGUGAUAAAAGAAAAAUAAGCGGAUCUUUGAAAAUUUGCUCUAAAUCUGUCAUUUUUGACCCCGAAUCAUUAACAGAGGCAAUUUUAAAGAUACCACUAAGAGACUGCAUUAGGAUUGAAGAAAAAGAGCACCAUAGUGGCCUUAAUCCUUUUGAAGAAGACAUAUCGGAUGGAUUCUGUAUUUUAUGUAACCAGGUUUUUUUCAUCAAAGAACACAAUAUUGUGGCUCCUUUUAAAAUCCAAAGAGGAAAACAUGAGCUUUUGUUUCAACUAGAGGCUUCCAGAAAAACAGAGGAUGUUGUUCAGAUAUUAUUACAGCUUCAUAGAGCAUCCUGUCUUGAGAAGCUUGGGGAUCAAACUGCAAUGGUUACAGCCAAUUUGCAGUCUCGCUUAGCCCGAACAUCUUUUGAUAAAAACAGUUUUAAAAACAUUUCAGAAAACCCACAUAUGGAAUGUGAAGCUGAAAUGGUAACACCUUUAGUUACGAAUCCUGGGCACGUGUGCAUUACUAACCGAAACCUCUAUUUUCAACCACUCAAUGGAUAUCCUGAACCAGUUGUACAAAUAAAUCUGAAGAAUGUGAUGCGUAUUUUUAAAAGAAGACAUGGACUGAAACCUUUGGGUAUUGAAAUAUUUUGCACUCAAGAUGACUUAUGUUCUGAUAUAUACUUGAAAUUUUACAAAGCAGAAGAUCGUGAUGAGCUAUAUUACUACAUUGCUUCAUUUCUAGAAGAUCACAUGGGAGAUUAUACAGCUGAAAACCUUAUGUUGCAGUGGCAGAAAGGACACAUAACUAAUUACCAGUAUCUGUUACACCUUAACAACUUAGCUGAUAGGAGCUGCAAUGACCUUUCCCAAUACCCUGUGUUUCCUUGGGUAAUAGCUGACUAUAACAGUCCAAAGCUUGAUUUGAUGAAUCCUGAAACAUUCAGAGACCUGAGCAAACCAGUUGGCGCACUGAGUAAAGAAAGACUUGAGAGGCUAUUGGCUCGUUACAGAGAUAUGCCAGAACCAAAGUUUAUGUAUGGAAGUCAUUAUUCAUCUCCAGGAUAUGUACUGUUCUACCUUGUAAGAGUUGCUCCAGAGCACAUGCUGUGUUUACAAAAUGGCCGGUAUGAUCAUGCAGACAGAAUGUUUAACAGCAUUGCAGAGACCUGGAAGAACUGUUUGGAAGGUGCCACAGACUUCAAAGAGCUUAUCCCUGAAUUUUAUGGAACUGAUUUCAGCUUCUUAAUGAAUAAUUUAAAACUGGACCUAGGCAAAAGACAAGGAGGGAAAAUGGUCGAUGAUGUGCUUCUUCCACCAUGGGCUAAUGACCCUAAAGAUUUCCUUUGUAAAAAUCAAGAGGCUUUAGAGAGUCAAUUUGUUUCUGAGCACCUCCAUGAAUGGAUUGACUUGAUAUUUGGCUAUAAACAAAGAGGAAGUGAAGCAGUUUCUGCACAUAAUGUGUUUCAUCCUUUGACAUAUGAAGGUGGAAUGGAUUGUGACAGCAUUGAAGAUACUGACCAGAAGAUUGCCAUGCUUACACAAAUUCUGGAGUUUGGACAAACUCCCAAGCAGCUUUUUAACACUCCCCAUCCUCAAAGAAUAACACCAAAAUUUCAAAGCUUCUCUAGCCCACCAAGCAGGAGUGCUUCUCAGUAUGAAUUAUCUCCAGUUUCUACAAGUGAGGAUUCUUCUUUUGAAGAUUUGACUGAAGAAAGCCGAAAGCUAGCAUGGAACAAUAUUUCUAAAUUGAAACGGUCAUCCAUGCAUAAAAUACACAAAGAAGCAGUAACAGGAAUAGCAGUUACACGUAAUGCUGCUACAGUUUUUACUACCUCUCAAGAUUCAGCAUUGAAGAUGUUUUCAUGUGAAUCCAACACUUUGCAGAGAAGCAUUUCCUUUUCUAACAUGCCACUGUCCUCUUGUGUUGUACUCCCAGAAGACACCACUGUUGUUUGUUCAUCAUGGGAUAACAAAAUAUAUUUUUAUUCAGUUGCAUAUGGAAGAAGACAAAACACCCUCAUGGGACAUGAUGAUGCUGUGAGCAAAAUUUGCUGGCGGGAAAAUCAACUAUUCACUGCAUCAUGGGAUUCAACAGUUAAGGUUUGGAAGUGUGUUCCAGUAGAUAUUUCAAGUAAAAGAGAUCAGUGUGAGCUUUUGGCAGAGCUGGAACAUGAUGCUGGUGUCAAUACCAUCAGUCUGAAUUCUGCAGGCACCAUGUUAGUGUCAGGGACCAAGGAAGGAACUCUUAGCAUAUGGGACAUCACAACAUUCAGUUUGCUACGUCAAAUUCUAGGCCACUCUGGUGAAGUAUAUGAUGUGGCGUUCAGCCCUGACAGCAGACAUGUCCUUAGCACUGGAGAUGACAAAUUCUUGAAGGUGGUUGAUGUACAAAGUGGAAUGCUGAUUUCAUCAGUUGCAUCAGAGCAGGUUCAGAGAUGUUUCUUAUGGGAUGGAAACACAGUUCUUUCUGGAAGUCAGUCUGGAAACCUCUUCGUGUGGGAUAUUAUUUCUGGAAAAAUUAUUAAUAAGAUCCCUGGACAUUCAGGGGCUGUUACAGCAAUGUGGAUGAAUGAGCAAUGCAGUAGUUUUAUAACUGGUGGGGAGGACAAGCAAAUCAUCUUUUGGAAAGUGCAAUAUUAAGUCUUGAUGUGCCUUUUCUGCGGUCAUUAAUUUUGAUGCAUUUUUCAAGAAUAAUAUUAUUAGCACACUUGUAAUAUUUCUUAUUCCAUGCCACUCCCUUGGACAAUAUGGAAGUAAGCUCAUUUCUGCACUAGACUAAAGGACAGGUUAAGGAUGAUCAUGCAAUUUUGGAGAGACAUUUGCUUUAUUUGUACAUAUCAUGCUUUUAUCAAGCAAAAUCUAUAUUAUUUUUUGUACUUCUACAAAGAAGUGCUUUCAUAUUUAUAACUGUUUAUUUUAUUAUUUUAUAUGCUAGUAAAAAAAAUCAGUAUUUGGAGGAUACCUCUGUUAAUAUGUUUUCAAGUCAUCAACCAAGAGGCUAUAAAGAAUAUGUUUAAAAGCACAGAGAAUAUUUGGUUUUGUUGUCUUUAGAAAAUAUGAACUUGUGUUAGGUAAUUUUUCAUCAUUAUUUGUGUACAUUUAUACAUACAAAACUAUUUUUUUCUUUUUGCUUUGUUAAAAUUUACAUUUUUUAAGACCUGUACGCAAGCCUUCUUCUAUGUGUGUGUGUGUGAAUAGUCCGGACACAACCUGCAUGUGCAAGGUAAGCUUCAAGGUGAUACCUUGCAUACUGAAAGGAGGUCAGAGAUUACAACUCUUUUUAAAUGAAGUAUUUAAGUUAGAAACUUUAUUUGUUUUUAUGUUUAAUUUUACUUUUUUGUAUUGGAGACAGAUAUACUUCAGCUUCCAGGGCUAUCUUAUGAUGCAAGUCCUCUAAGACCAUUAAAUCUUAUGUUUUAAAACCUUAAUUAAGUUGAUUUAUGGUGUAUGCUCUACAAGAGACCAUAUGCUACUUCCAACUCCAGUUUUUCUUCAAAAUCCUCCCAGCACCCAAGCUAAAACACCCCACUCCUUUUUUUCUUGUUUUUGGUGUCCAUCUGUCCAAUUCCAUAAUUUCUUUUCUCUGUGCUUUACUAGUUCUCCUGUGGCUGUUGAAUGUUUGAUCAGAGGCACAUUGCUAUUGUGCUCUCAGUUUAACAAAGAUAUCUGUCACAAUGCAAGUAACCUAUUCACAUUUUGGGAUUUCCCUCCAUUGUUAAUUAUUUCUACACCUCGGCUUCAUUUUAUAUUAUGUAGAUUGUCUGAAAAUGUGCAAACCCACUCAAAGUUGCUUUCCACAAACUAAUAUUAUACAGUAUAUUAUCAUUAAAAACAGGGACAUUGUGAGAAACUUUGCAGAACAAGCAACUUAAUUAAUUAUAAAGUAGUGGUGUGACAGAAUAAACCGAGUCUUGAUGCCAGCCUCAAGCAAUGAUAAACAAAUGGAUUGUUGGUUGUGCUAGCAUUUGCAUUGUUUCGCCAGUAGAUUUUUUUUUGAUUUUAAGUUUGAAGCAUGAUAUAAAAAAAAAUCUUCCAAACAAAGCUGCAGAAUUUGACAAUAUGCAUGUGCAUCUUUAAGUAUAACUACCUCUUGAAGCAUAUUGAGUGUAUAAUCUUGAAAUCGUCUUUAAAAAUACCAAUAUCAAUAACAAUUUGGUGUGUGCAACAUCGUGCUCAGAUCCAGUCCUCCUCCACUACUCGUAUGAUAGAGUAUCUGCCCCAUUUCUACAAAAAGGUGGUCUUGUCAGUCAUCCUGCUUAUGGAUUUUUAGUGAGGACCAACAGAUAUCAUUGAAAAGACAAAAUAAAAUGAGUAAAGCACUUUGACCAACCACUUUUUAAAACAUUUUCUGCUUCACCGCUGCUUGAUUUCUGUAACACAUUAGUAGUCUGGCAUAACUGAACAAUUGUGAAUUUGCAGUGCUGGAUAUUUGGAUGAGAUGGGGCAAUAUGUUGUAUUUUUUCAGAUUUUGCAUUUUCCAACAGAAUAUAAAGUUAUAAAUAAAUAUAAUAGACCAUAAUAGACUUAACUGGUAUAUUUCCAUAUUCUACUUGUGUUUUAAUGUUACAGUGUGUUUUGAGUUGAGGCCACAGAGCUACCAGUUCAAUUACUUUUAAGAGUGGUGAUUAAGCCAUCGGCUGUGACAUUUGACCACAUUAUGUUCGGCGAUUGUCUGCUUGAGCUCCUUUUAGACCGCAAGGCAGUAAUGCUGGUGAAGUUGUAUGCAGUUUCAGUACAGGAAUUGCAUCAAUCCUCAAAAGCUUUUCAGGUGCUCCCUGUGUAUUUUCUGAUGCAAGCACUGACGUCUGUGGUGGGCCCCUCUUCUGGAAUGCUUGAAUUUGUAGAGGUAUAAUACCCAAUGGAGGUGGGCAGUUCAUAAAAGGACCUUACCCCACUUCUGUUUGGAGGUUGGCAAUUUGACACCACUGUGCAGGAGCUCCCUUAACAGAAACCAACAAAUCAAGCGUUGUAGCAAACUGCCUGCUCUUCUUUUGUUUUGCUCUAAAGCUUUACUGACAACAGAGCCUGGAUGUUAGAUAAUGACUAAGAUAAUAAUAGCACUGCAAAAAUAGCUGCGUUUUACUGUAGCACAAUGGCAUUUCUUGGCACUACAUAGCACUUGGAGUCCAGUUCAGUUUUUGGCUGGGAUGCCUUCUCUCGACUUUGCUUCUUUUCACAAGAAUUUUUAUUGCCAUCUUCAGUUCAGAGCUGUGCAGUUUACAUUGACAGAGGACUUUAAAUUGGCCAGGCGUCAGUGAAUGGUUUUUAGUACAAUCAUGUCCUGCUGUGAAUUGCUAUCCCAUCAAAAGUAUAGCCAGUGUUGCUGCGAUAGAUGAUCAUUGAAAGAUGAUUAAAACAAUUAAUUCUGAAAUGGUCACCUUGUGAGUUUAAGUGUGCUUAUAAUAAACCUGAUAUUUCUACAUGGGAGGGGCACAGAGACACCCAGCAUCCUGCACUCAAAUCCUGCCCCUGAUUGUUGUCUCUGAGAGGUUUGCAUGCUCUCCCUGUGACUUUGUGGGAUUUUCUCUCCCACAUCCCCAGACAUGCGCCUCUCAUGUUAAGUGGUGACUCUAAACUGGUCCAG